AUGGCGAACGAAAUUACCAAAAAACGAAAGAUACCCAAAGACUCUGGCAAUCAAUCCACCAAACGUCGAGCCGUCGCAAGCGACGAGUCGAAAAAUGAGCAGGCCAAGAUCGAAGAGCUAGAAGCUCAAAUCUCAGAGUCCAGAAAAUACUACAACAACAUUGCGACCUUGAUUUCGAUGCUCAAUGCCGACAACUUGAUCAAAGAUCCUAGCGAAUUGCCAAAUCUUGCAGUAGCAGUUGCCCUUUGUCGAGUUUUCUGUCGACUCAUCGCUGGCGGAAACCUACAAUUACCUUCCAAGGCUAGCGAGCAGGAACAGAUCGUGGUGGGGUGGCUGAAGGAGAGAUUGCAGGAAUAUCAGAAUGCGUUGUUGGAUAUUAUCCGAUAUGCAAAUUCGUCUUCUCAGAUCACCGCCUUGACUUUGUCGAUGCGACUCGUGAACGUGCGCGCAACUCACAUCCCCGAAGCAGAAGUUCAGGUCUGGACUACAGGCUUGUUCCAGUCUAUAUUCGAGGCGUUAGUCGAGGCAGGAAACGGCGACUUGGUUCGCACGGAAUUUGUCGAAAAGUUUGUCAAGGAAUUCGACGACGUGAGGUUUUACACCUUUCAAAAAAUCUCAUCAUAUGCCACUGAAAGACCUUCCGAAGUCCUCGAACGACUAAUCUGGAUCCUCUCUCAAUGCGACUCCGCCAUCCCGCAAGACUACAAAUUCGAAAACUUCCACGGUCAGCAACCGUCCAAGAAAGAAAAAUCCAAAAAUCCACUGUUGUCCGUCAACUCGCAUAGAAGAUGGGCUCAAGACGCCUGGCUCGCGAUCCUACGAAGCAGCACCUUAUCUGCAGCGCAACGAAAAUCCCUCUUGAAAAGAAUGGCGCACACAAUCGCACCCUGGUUCCUCCGCCCCGAGCUCCUCAUGGAUUUCCUGACAGACAGCUAUAACGCCGGUGGCUCAACGGCCCUUUUAGCGCUUUCUGGUCUGUUUUAUUUGAUCCAAGAACGGAACCUCGAUUACCCACACUUUUACACAAAGCUCUACUCUCUGCUCGAUUCUGAGCUACUCCAUUCCAAACAUCGAUCGCGCUUCUUCCGUCUGCUAGAUACAUUCUUGGCCUCGACGCACUUACCGGCUACCCUUGUAGCGAGCUUCAUCAAGCGACUAGCGCGAUUAGCCCUCAACGCACCCCCGAGUGCGAUUGUGGCCAUCGUACCGUUUGCAUAUAAUCUGCUGAAAAGUCAUCCGACAUGCACAUUUAUGAUCCACCGCGGCAUCAGCAAUAACAACAAAAAGAACGACAUGAUGAACGACCCCUUCCAACCGACCGAAACGGAUCCGACCAUCACAAACGCCAUCGAUAGCAGUCUCUGGGAACUUGAAUCCUUACAAUCUCACUACCACCCCAACGUCGCCGCCAUCGCGCGCAUCAUAUCCGAGCAAUUCACAAAACAGUCGUAUAACAUGGAGGACUUUUUGGAUUACAGUUAUCAGGGCAUGUUGAUGGCGGAUUUGGGUACUGAAGAAAAAGUGUUUAGGAAGUCGCCGGUUGUGGAGUUUCAGAUCCCGAAGAGGAUUUUUACGGAUAGGUUGUUGGCGGAAGAGGAUGGGGGGAAGGACAAGGGGGUGGGGAGUUUGUUGAGGAGGGUUGUGGAGUUUCCUGUUGCUUGA